GCAAGCUAUCAUGAAGGUAUUAGCGUACUCUCUACUCUUCCUUGUGGCUUAUAGCUCUGCCUACUCCAUAUUUCCUAAUGUGGGAGCAGGAGCAAACCUACAGAUAAAUGGAAAAGUAAAUGCAGGAAAUGGAAGAAGUGCAGGAGCGGACAUAAAGAUAGGAGCAGGUUUAGGUGCAAAAGGGAAUGGGGGAUCAAAAGCAGGAAUAGAAGGAGGAGCAGGCAUAAAUAUAAACGCAGGAAUAAAAGGACCAAAUGGCAAAUCAGGUGUAGAAGCGGGAGCAGGAGUAAGUGGAGGAUUGAAGCUUCCUUCUCUACCUCUUCUUCCUUUCCCUCAUCCUCGUAUACCUAUUCCUGUUCCCAUAUUGCCUUGGGGAAGCAAAAGUACUUCCACUACUACUGAAAAGUCUACCUCACAUCAGACUACUAUACACCCAACUGGAUCAUCCAGCGGUACUAAACCACCUAGUUCUCCUAGUACUAUACAUCCGACCAAACCAUCCAGCAGUUCUAAAUCACCCUGUACUCACAGUACUGUACGCCCAACUGGAUCAUCCAGCGGUACUAAACCACCUAGUUCUCCUAGUACUAUACAUCCGACCAAACCAUCCAGCAGUUCUAAAUCACCCAGUACUCACAGUACUGUACGCCCAACUGGAUCAUCCAGCGGUACUAAACCACCUAGUUCUCCUAAUAGUACACAUCCGACCAAACCAUCCAGCAGUUCUAAAUCACCCAGUACUCACAGUACUGUACGCCCAACUGGACCAUCCAAAAGUACUAAACCACCUAGUUCUCCUAAUAGUACACAUCCGACCAAACCAUCCAGCAGUUCUAAAUCACCCAGUACUCACAGUACUGUACGCCCAACUGGACCAUCCAAAAGUACUAAACCACCUAGUUCUAGUACACAUCCGACCAAACCAUCCAGCAGUUCUAAAUCACCCAGUACUCACAGUACUGUACACCCAACUGGAUCAUCGAGCAGUACUAAAUCACCUAGUACUGCUUCUAUUCCUUGCAAAGGAUCUAGUAGCUCUGCCUCACCAAGUUCUUCCAGUCCAGGACAAUCUACCGCAACGUAUAAUAACUCUGGUUCACCAAGUUCUUCCAGUUCUGAAAAACCAACCGAAGCAUCCAGCAGCUCCACUUUGCCAGAUACUGAUUCUUCUCCUUAUGAAGAAUCUAGUAGUUCUGCCUCACCAAGUUCGUCAAGUUCUGAUAAACCAACUGAAGAAUCUAGUAGCUCUGCCUCACCAAGUUCUUCCAGUUCUGAAAAACCAACCGAAGCGUCCAGCAGCACUAGUUUGCCAGAUACUGAUUCUUCUCCUUAUGAAGAAUCCAGCAGCUCGACCUCGCUAGGUACUGAUUCUUCUCCUUAUGAAGAAUCUAGCAGUUCUGCCUCACCAAGUUCGUCCAGUUCUGAUAAACCAACUGAAGAAUCUAGUAGCUCUGCCUCACCAAGUUCUUCCAGUUCUGAAAAACCAACCGAAGCGUCCAGCAGCACUAGUUUGCCAGAUACUGAUUCUUCUCCUUAUGAAGAAUCCAGCAGCUCGACCUCGUUAGGUACUGAUUCUACUCCUUGUGAAAAAUCUAGCAGUUCUGCUUCACCAAGUUCUUCCAGUUCUGAAGAACCAACUGAAGCAUCCAACAGCUCUGCUUCACCAAGUUCUUCCAGUUCUGAAGAACCAACUGAAGCAUCCAACAGCUCUGCUUCACCAAGUUCUUCCAGUUCUGAAGAACCAACUGAAGCAUCCAACAGCUCUGCUUCACCAAGUUCUUCCAGUUCUGAAGAACCAACUGAAGCAUCCAACAGCUCUGCUUCACCAAGUUCUGCCAGUUCUGAAGAACCAACUGAAGCAUCCAGCAGCUCUGCUUCACCAAGUUCUGCCAGUUCUGAAGAACCAACUGAAGCAUCCAACAACUCUGCUUCACCAAGUUCUUCCAGUUCUGAAGAACCAACUGAAGAAUCCAGCAGCUCUGCUUCACCAAGUUCUUCCAAUUCUGAAGAACCAACUGAAGCAUCCAGCAGCUCUGCUUCACCAAGUUCUGCCAGUUCUGAAGAACCAACUGAAGAAUCCAGCAGCUCUGCUUCACCAAGUUCUGCCAGUUCUGAAGAACCAACUGAAGAAUCCAGCAGCUCUGCUUCACCAAGUUCUUCCAAUUCUGAAGAACCAACUGAAGCAUCCAGCAGCUCUGCUUCACCAAGUUCUGCCAGUUCUGAAGAACCAACUGAAGCAUCCAGCAGCUCUGCUUCACCAAGUUCUUCCAGUUCUGAAAAUCCAUGUAGCAAAUGCAUCUGUAACUGUCCUCGCUAUUAGAUCCAUGUUCAUUUUGUGAAGAACAAAGCGAAGUACCUAGAAACUCUUCCUAGUUCUUCCAAUUCUGAAUAUACAAAAACCCAAGCACCCAAGAAAUCUACCUUUACCGUUUAUUAUUAAUUAACCCUAUGGAGCUAAAAUUAUUAGUCAUAAAGAAAAAAUAAAAAAAAAAAGUAUCUAACAAAAUGUAAGCAUCGAAAAAAAUGCACUUUUUCUUUCUUUUAUUUUUUGAAAUACUCUUUUUUGAAAUAUUCUUAUGUCAUCUCCCAAUACUUUAUUAUACAAUUCAUUUCGAUGUUAAUUAACUACGUAUUUACUUCAGAUCGAUGGUAAUGUCGAUUUCACCGGCUAACGAAUAUCGAAGAAAAAAAAAAGAGAAUAAUA